AUGCAUAGUUGUUUAACACUUGUAGAUUAUACAUGGAAAGAUAGUGAAGAAAGUGGUACAUCAACACCGAAAUAUACAAAUCAUGAUCAUAUUAUACGUCUAAGACGUACAGCUAGAUCAUUAGAUGGUGAUACAUUAAUGAAUUCUUCAUUGAAUCAAGAUGUUACAACAGAAACAAAUGGACAAUUUUGUAGACAUUUAAAUGAUAUGUUAAAUCGUUCAUUGACACAAAUUACAGAUAGAGAUAUAACACAUCAUCAUCGUCAUCAGCCACAGCAGCAUCGUCGUCAUCAUAGUUCUAUGCUUUUAUUAAAUAAUAGACGAUUACCAAUAUAUGCUACAAAGAAACAAUUACUUAAAAGACCAGAUCAUAUAUGGGUACCUGUAGGACAUUGUCGUUAUUUAUUAGAAAGAGAUUUAUGUACAGGUGAAAUUCAAUGGAAUCCUGAAGGUAAUGAAAUUCUCUGUACUCCUAGAAGUUUGGCAGAAAUUUGUAUGGCACGUUUAAUUCGUGAUUGGCCAUGUAUGCUACCUACCCGACGUUCAUCGUUACGUAAUAUAGUUAGUUUCUUAUUUAGUUCACGUGAUAUAAAAUCAAAUUCUACACAGAAUUUUCCCACCACAACAUCUCCUUCUUCUUCAUCAACGACAUCAACAGAAACCUCAAUUACAGGACCAAGACGAUCAACAAGUUUAUCAUCACGUGAAUCUAGAUAUAAAACUAAUCGUUGUCAAUCUCAAAAUAGAAAAGUUACACAGAACCAUUCAAUAAAGGACGACACUAAUGACGACGACGAUGAUGAUGAUAGUGAUAAGAAGAAAGAGAAUACAUGUACAAAUACCCUUCCAUUAACUUGCCAUGAUCUACCUGUGACUGUAUUAAUUAAUUUAUUAUCUGAAGCAAUAUUACAAAGAGAUUGUGCUGCUAUUACUGGAUUAAUAGCUAAUUGGCCAUGUGAACAAUUAAUUAUUAAACAAUUAAUACCAAAUGAAGAAUAUCCACUUAGCUUAAAUUAUAUGACUAAACCAACAUUUGUAUUAGUAAGCCCUGAUAAUGGUAAUCGUAAUACAUUAGUUAAAGGACCAAGUUUAUUAGAUGGAUUCAUAUUGGGGCUUUUAACUAGACAAUCCGGUUGUAAAUUAAAAUCAGUUGAUUUUACUGGAUUUGAAGAAGAUUGUCGUGUAAGUAUUGAACUAUCACGAUUGCCCAUACUAUGGAUGAAACCAGAAAAUCGUAAUUCUGAAAGUGUACGUAGACAUUUAAUGGCUAGUUUACAUAUUGGUAUACCAAGAAAACGUCUUGAAGCUUAUUUUUCUAGAAUAUCUACUAUUUAUGCAUUUCAUGAAGCAGAUAUUGGACAUGGUGAACAAUUUGAUACAGUUACAAUUCAUUUAGAUUGUAAUAUGACAGUAGAUGAAGUUGCUCUUGGCUUAUCAUUACAAACAUUAACACCAUUUCGAUUUUCAUGUAAUCGUUUAUUAUUACAACGUUUACCAGAAAUUAAUUUUCCACCAUAUAGUUUAAUAAGAUUAUUUGAUCCAUUGUCAAUUACACAAUUUGAAAUGGAAGAUCCUACAAUUGGAAGUAGUAUAGCUGUUGUUCUACCAUCUGCUGUUGGUUGGUUAAUUAGUCUUCGUAAUUUGAGAGCUUGUUCAUUACCUUCCUGUAUACCUCCACCUCCGGAUGUUGUACCGAAUACACCGACUUCACCGACAUUACCAACAACUAUUGUAGUAUCGAAUACGGGUGGUUUACAAUCAAACUCAUCUCAACAAUCAAACACUAUGUCAUUAUCUUCUUCUGGAUCCUCUCCCUCAUCGUCUUCCUCUUCUACUUCCAACACUAACAAUACAGUUGGUGCUAACAGUAGUAACAAUAUCAACACUAGUACUACUUCUUCAAUGUCUUCGACUACAACAACAAAUAAUACAUUACAAAAUUUUGUCACACCAGCAUUCACUUCAACAGUUGCUGCAUGUCGACUUUUAAACAGAGCACUUGUAUCAUUAAGAUAUUUACAAAGACUUGGACUAGCAAGAUGUCAUUUAACUGGACAAUUAAAAACUUUACUUGGUGGAUUAAGUCAACCAUUGGAGUAUUUAAAUUUACAGGAUUGUUGUCUUUCAUCUGAAGAUAUUCAUUAUUUAGUACAUCAAUGGCGUCCAUUACAUGGUUUAUAUGAAUUAAAUCUUUCACGUAAUAAUUUAUCAGUUGUACCAGAAGAAACACUUUAUGAACUUGUACAAAAUGUUUGUCUUAAACCAAGAGGUCGAUUAGUUUGUUUAUCAAUAGCUUAUACAUGUUUAUCAACUGAACGAUUAAUUGAUUUACUUAGUCUAAUGGCUGGAAUGGAUCCUUCAAAUAGCUUAAUUGAAAAUGAUGAACAAGAGAAUCUGGAUACACAAUAUACUAAUAAAUGGAUGAAUAAAGCAUGUACAUUACGAGUACUAUGCAUUCAAUCAUUUAUACCACCAUCCCAAUUACAAAUACAUCGUAUAUUAUAUAGAAUAACACGUUUAACAAAAUUAUAUAAAUUACAUAUAUUUCCAGCAUUUUAUGCAUUCCCUGGUGAUACAGAAGAACAACAACGUGAAUUACGUUAUAAUCAGCUAAUACAUAGUCGUCAUUAUUUAAAACAAAGAUGUCGAUCCGAUAUUGAAUUAUUAUAG